AUGAGCCAGCAAGACGUCUACAUCAUCAAGCCCUGCACUUUCAAUGCUGCUGGCAAUUGGCCCUGGCAGCUUAUUGUGGAAAGUGCUGCAAUAGCUGCUGAGAUCUUGUGGCACCCAUGGGGCACAGAGAAGAUCAGCGUUGUUUGUGAGCUCACGAAUCUGUCCCUGCCCCACAUGAAGAAGUCUGGUCUCUACUGUGGCCUUGGUAUUCAGCAGCUGGGCUUCAAGACAUCCAAGGAAGAGUACACUAUGCUGCAUUGGGUGCAGGUGGAAUUGUUUGGCAACUGGCUGUUCAAAGACUCCAUUCAACCCUUGUCGCAGGGUUCCAAGGCUGGUCGAGCCACCAAGCAAUGGUGUUACUGA